UCCUUUUACGCAAGGGUUCGUUCCUCGACGCUAACUUCCCUCUCCAGAGUCCACACACUUCACACACAGACCUAAACCUCUUUGUCACGUUCUCAAGCGGUCUCCACCGUUGGUUUUCCGGCGAAUCUAGCCUCGUCUUCGUCGGUUACUUCCCUUUUUCUUCAGUGUAUCUUGAAGAUUUCUAAUGGCCACUGAGAGGAACGCUAUGGACUCCGAGCUGCAAACUGUAACAGAUUCAGAUUCGACACCAAAGAGACAUAAUGAGGUAUUUAAAAUCUUAUUAGGCGAGCUGCAAACUGUAACAGCUGCAGAUUCUACACCAAAGAAACAUGAUGAGUCUCCUCCAACAGAUGACACAAGUCGUACCGUCACAGGGUCAACUACCUCAUCUGUGACCGUUAGUGCAUGUGCUAAUGGAACUGACGUAGUCUCUUCUCAGCCAAAUGGAAAUGGUCAAGCAUAUGCUACGGAUUUUCCAAAGGCAAGUCACCGUGACAAAAACAACAGUUCAUAUAAUAACUAUCAAGAUUCGAAUCUUCACGGUGAUCGAGCAGUAAGAAGCUAUUGUUGGUCUCAAACUUCAGUGUCGUCUACAAAGCCUCCAGGAAAUCUCAAUGUUUAUGGUCAACUUCCUUCCUUUACACAAUCACAUGCGUUCAGACCAACAUUCAAGGGAAAGCAAGCGGCAGGACAGUUUACAAAACAUGCCAAUCAAAAGACAAGCUCAGUCCCAUAUAGCGGUUACUACGGUAAUGGAAACACAAAUAGUGGUUUCAGGGAUCAGAGAGAUGAACACAGGAAGCCUGAGAGAAACGGAGAAUCUGAUUCAUUGGUUGAAAUGAAAUGCGGUCCGAGAACCAGUGCAAAGACUCAUCCUCCUUCUGACUCAUCAUCAUCACUCAAGCAGAACAGUUCGUUUGUAUUGGAUCUUCGUAGAGAGAUGUUUAACCUCCCAGAUUUUCAGACCGACUACGAGAAUGCCAAGUUCUUCGUGAUCAAGUCAUACAGCGAAGAUGAUGUUCACAAGAGUAUCAAAUACUCCGUGUGGUCAAGCACUGUCAAUGGAAACAAGAAACUAGAUGCAGCUUACCGUGAUGCUGAAGCAAAAACACUCGUUGAUGGCAAGAAACGUCCCAUUUUCCUCUUCUUCUCGGUGAAUGCGAGUAGACAGUUUGUUGGAUUAGCAGAGAUGGUUGGAUACGUGGACAUGAACAAGGAUUUAGAUUUCUGGCAAGUUGACAAGUGGUGCGGCUUCUUCCCUGUCGAGUGGCAUGUGGUUAAAGACGUCCCUAACUGGGAGCUAUGCCACAUCGUACUCGACAACAAUGAGGGCAAGGCGGUUACUCACACGAGGGAUACUCAAGAGAUCAAACUCAGAGAAGGUCUCCAAAUGCUUUCAAUAUUCAAGAAGUUUUCCGCGGUGACGUCUUUGUUAGAUGACAUGGACUUUUAUGAAGAACGAGAGAAGUCUCUUCGGUUGAAGAAGGAGCAUAAACCAGCUACUCUUCGCAUGGAUCUCUUCAAAGAGAAAGACUAUGAUUAUGAGAAUGGAGGUAACAGGAGAAUGAAUCAAGAUAGAGGAUAUAACUGGAGCAGAACACAACAGUCUCUUGUCAAUCAAACCAAGAAUCUCUCCAUAAGAGGAGGCUACUCUGUGUCCAAGAAUAACACUCGCAAUCCUAGAUGAGACACCCUUCUUAGUUUUAUCUUCUAUUUAUUAGUGAAUUGGUUUUUACUUAGUUCAGGGAAUCAUGAUUGUCUUUUGUUUUCCUUUGUUAGGGCGUUGUGUUUUUUUUUUUCUUUUUUUCCUCUACAGAUGUCUUUUGAGAGAGCUUGCAGAUUUCAUUUUCACAAAACUCAUAAACAAAUCAAUCAUUCAUAAUAUUUGUGACCAAAAAAGAAGAUACAUUUUGU